UCCAUUUUCAGUGUUUCGGGUGUACUGUAUCCUCACGUACACGCCGGACACGCCGUUAGCACAAUAGCCGCCGCUCACGCGCAGUCCCUUCACCUCCCCUCCCCUCCUUCCUGUCCUUCUCUGCUCUCAUCUCAAUCCGCACUAUUCCCGGGUUUCCCACCAGCAGCCCUACAGCCGGGACAUCGACCUGGAGCGUUCUCUCCGCGUCAUCCAUGGACGCAACGAGCCUUCCGCCUGAUGUAAUCGCAGCAGGAGAGCCGUGCAACCUUCUGUCGGCGAAAGGCGAGUGUGAGCCGGGUGAGGAUUUGAUUAAUUAUUUGCCCGACGACGUGCUCUCCGCCAUUCUCUCGCGCGCGACUGCCGGCGACUCCUUGCACCCCGCGCUCGUGUGCCGCCGAUGGCUGCGCCUCACGCAACUCCAGCAACAAUCCGUCCACGUCAGCGCUGCGCGCCACCUCCACGCGGGCGAGCUCGUGCGCGGCUUGGCGAGCUUCCCGAACGUGAACUCCCUCGCGCUAGCCGACAAGAGCGUUGACUUCUUCAACGACGCGUUCCUGCGCGCGCUGCCCGCCGCCUGCCCGCGGCUCUCCCGCCUGCGCCUUGACGAGCCGCAGUUCUCCGCCGCGCCGCACUUCCGCAUCACGCUCCCGUGCCUCAACCGCUUCCUCCGGGCGGCCUCGCGCCUCGAGGAGCUGACGCUGAAGCACAGCCUGGGCCACAUCACGAAGCUCCCCGCCUCCCUCGCGUCGCUCUCGUCGCUGCGCGUCCUCAAGCUCUGCUUGAAGCGCCUCCGCGUUCUGCCCGACGAGCUCGGCGCGCUGCGCGCGCUGGAGGAGCUCUGCUUGAGCUGCCCCAAGCUCGCCAGCCUCCCCGCGUCCGUCGCUCAACUCCCGCGCCUCUCGCGCCUGUGCCUGGCGGACUGCCGCGAGAUGCGCCAGCUGCCCGCGCAGCUCGGCGCGCUGAGCACGCUGACGGCGCUGGAGAUCCACGGGUGGUUCCGCCUGGAGGGCAUCUCGGAGAGCAUCGGCGCGCUUAAAGAGUUGCGCCGCCUGCACCUGCGCAACAUCAAGUGUUUGCUGCCGAACGUGGGGGAGCAGUGGCGGAAGCUGGAGGAGGUGCGCCUGGAGGACGUCUCCGCGGACCACCUUCCGCCGCUGUCGCUCGCGUCCCUCGCAGUCCUCACCAUCCGCCAGUGCCGCGGCCUCCGCGCGCUCCCCGACGACCUCGGCGCGGCGCCCGUCCUCCGCGAGCUCGAGAUCGUCGACGCGCCGAUCGGCACGCUGCCCGCGUCGGUCGGGAUGCUGACGUCACUGGAGCGGCUGGUGUUCGCGCCGUCCGGCGCGGUGAGCGCGCUGCCCGCCGCGCUGCUGGCGCUGCCGCGGCUGGCGCACGUGGUGGUGAAGAACGUGUCGUGCCUCGCCUCGCUCAUGGGGGGAGGCGCGGACGCGGACGCGGAGGGGGAAGACGAGGACGGAACGGACGAGGCUGCUGCGGGUAACGGAGAGACAGACGCGAUCGCAAACACGCCUGAACCCACCACUGCUGCUGCCCCCCUGCCUCCCGCCCUCCCCGCCAUCCCCCCGCCGCCCCUGGCCCCCGCCCUUCGCCACCUGGAGCUGCAUAUGGGCUACCGCGCGCCGCUGGGUCGGCUGCGGCGGCUGCCUGCGGCGCUGUGGUCGCUGCCGGCGCUGACGCACCUGGGGCUGCACGGCUUCACGCAGCUCGUCGCGCUCCCCGCUGACGUCAGCCGCCUCUCUGCCCUGCAGUCGCUCUCCCUCCACAGCUGCACGCGCCUCACCGACCUCCCCCCCGCGCUCGCCGCGCUCGCGCCGUCGCUGCGCGCGCUCUCCCUCUCCGACCUCUCCGCGCUCUACGCCUUCCCCCCCGUUGUCUGCCGCCUCUCCGCGCUCACCUCGCUCUCCCUGCUCCGCCUGCUGUACAUCCAGCGCCUCCCCCCCGCGCUCUCCGCGCUCUCCGCCCUGCGCGCGCUCAAAAUCUCCUCCGCGACCGAACUCGCCUCCAUCCCGGAAUCUCUGGGCCAGCUGGCGGCGCUGGAUUCGCUGGAGCUGGAGGACUGCCCCGCGCUGCUGCGCCUGCCCGCGUCGCUGCGCCGCCUGAAGGCGCUGAAGCGGCUGGUGCUGCGGUGCGGCGCGCUGGCAGCGAUACCGGAUGGCCUGGGCGCGCUGGGCGCGCUGGAGCACCUGAGCCUCACCAUGUGCAGCGCGCUCACCGCCCUGCCGGAUUCUAUAGGGCAGCUGGGCGCGUUAAAGGAGCUGACUAUAAAGAAUCUUCCGAUAGUGGGCCUCCCAGACACGCUCAGCGGGCUGACGUGUCUGGGCGAGCUGGUCCUCUCCGACUGCCUGCUCCUCACCGCCCUGCCGCCCUCCCUCUGCCGCCUCCCCCGCCUGCACACCCUCUCGCUGCUCUCCUGCCCCACCCUCCUCGCCCUCCCCGACGCCCUCGGUGACCUCCCCGCCCUCAAGCACCUCUCGCUCUCCCGCUGCUCCGCGCUCGCCCACCUGCCCGACUCCCUCCCCCGCCUGCCCGCCCUGCGCGCCCUCACCAUCACCAGCUGCGGCGCCCUCACGCACCUCCCGGACGACUUCUCCCCCCUCCCCCGCCUCACCCGCCUCGACAUCACCUACUGCCGCUCCUUCGCCCGCCUCCCCGCAUCCCUCCCCCGCCUCCCCGCCCUCCGCCUCCUCUCCCUCUCCCAAUGCCCGUCCCUCUCCGCCCUUCCCCCCGGCCUGGCGGCCCUCCCCGCGCUGCACUCCCUGCUGCUGCGCGAGUGCAGCGCGCUGGCCCAGCUGCCACAGGGGCUGGCGCAUGCGCGGGCGCUGAGGCACGUGGACGUGUGGGGGUGCGCCGCGGUGGGGGAGGAGGUGGAGGUGGGCGUGUGCGGGCGCAUUGUGCACGUGGUGAGGGGGCAGCGCGGCCGGGGGGAGUACGUGGGGGUGAUGCCGAGGAAGCGGAGGGCGAGGAGAGGGAGGAGGAGGGGGAGGGGGGAGAGGCGGGAGAGGGGGGAGCGGGUGGGGAGGCAGAGGGAGGAGAGACGGGGGGGUUUGGAUGGCGAACGUACAGAGAGGCAGUCACAGGGGGCGCGAGAGGGGGAGGGCGAUGCCGAUGCAGACGGGGAGUCAGAUGGCGAGGAGGAGGGUGAGGGGGGAGGAGGGAGUGGCGCAUUGGGGGAGGGGGGAGAGGAGGGGGGAGAGGAGGGGUUGAGAAGCGAAGGGAGGUGUGAGGGAGCGGAGGGGGAGGCAAUGAGGGAAGAUGGAGAUGAGGAGAUGGGCGAGGGGGCGGUUGGGGGAGAGGCUGAGAGUGGCGCAGUGGUGAGCGGGGAAGAGAAUGACGUGAGGGAGGAGGGUGGGCCACAAGGGGAGGGAAGAGAAGAGGGGAGAGGAUGGGCAGAGGGGAGGGAGGAUAAGGCUCAUGCAUGUGGGGGGGAGAGGGGAGAGGGGGAGUGUUUGGUUGAGGUUGCAGCAGAGGCGAGUGUGCAUGGCGGUGGCAGGGAGGGCAGCGGCAAGGGGAGCAGAAGCAGCGGCAUUGGGAGGCACGGAGGGAGCGGUGCAGAGGGGAGGGCGGGGAGGAAGGAUGGCGCAUUGAAGGGCAGGGGAGGCAAGAAUAAGCGCGGGCGAGAGUGGGAGGAAGCUUGGGUGCAGGAGAAGAGGAGGAAGAGGGAGGCGCGGGCUAAGGCAUGGCGCGCCAAGAGAGCCGCCAACUGCUGCUGAGGGAGAGAUGUGGGGAGUGGGCUCAUGGGCAUGGGAUGGAGUGCUGGUGGUGUGUGCACCUGGCCAACUAGGUUUAGGGAGAGCAUCUUUUUACCAACAGCAUGGUCCAGUGUGGCGCCUGUAUAUAUUUCCAUACCACCACCGCACACAUGCAUGCUAGGUUGAAUUGGAAUUGGUAGU